AUGGGUUAUCUAAUGCUGACAAAAUUUUUAUUGAUGGUAAUAUCUAUCUAUCUAUCUAUCUAUCUAUCUUUGAUCUAUCUAUCUAUCUAUCUAUCUAUCUAUCUAUCUAUUGGUUUUUUGUUUUUAGUAUAUAUUGGUUUGUUUUUGUUUUUACGUCAUAUCAACCUCAAUGGGUUAUCUAAUUUGGUUUAUUUUUUUAUUGCUGGUAAUAUCUAUCUAUCUAUCUAUCUAUCUAUCUAUCUAUCUAUCUAUAUAUUGGUUUUUGUUUUGUUUUACGUCAUAUCAACCUCAAUGGGUUAUCUAAUACUGACAAAAUUUUUAUUGCUGGUAAUAUCUAUCUAUCUAUCUAUCUAUCUAUCUUUAGUAUAUAUUGGUUUGUUUUUGUUUUACGUCAUAUCAACCUCAAUGGGUUAUCUAAUACUGACAAAAUUUUUUAUUGCUGGUAAUAUCUAUCUAUCUAUCUAUCUAUCUAUCUAUCUGAUUGGUUUAUUUUGUAAUAUCUAUCUAUCUUUUUAUCUAUCUAUCUAUCUAUCUAUCUAUCUUCUUUAUUGGUUUGUUUUUUUUUUUUACGUCAUAUCAACCUCAAUGGGUUAUCUAAUGCUGACAAAAUUUUUAUUGCUGGUAAUAUCUAUCUAUCUAUCUAUCUAUCUAUCUUCUAUCUUUAUAUAUUGGUUUGUUUUGUUUUACGUCAUAUCAACCUCAAUGGGUUAUCUAAUACUGACAAAAUUUUUUAUUGCUGGUAAUAUCUAUCUAUCUAUCUAUCUAUCUAUCUUCUAUCUAUAUAUUGGUUUAUUUUUUGUUUUACGUCAUAUCAACCUCAAUGGGUUAUCUAAUACUGACAAAAUUUUUAUUGCUGGUAAUAUCUAUCUAUCUAUCUAUCUAUCUAUCUAUCUAUCUAUCUUAUAUAUAUUGGUUUGUUUUGUUUUACGUCAUAUCAACCUCAAUGGGUUAUCUAAUACUGACAAAAUUUUUUUAUUGCUGGUAUCUAUCUAUCUAUCUAUCUAUCUAUCUAUCUAUCUAUCUUAG